AUGAAUUUCGAGUCGAGUUUCGAAAAAUCGGAAGCAGAAAAUGCCGGCGUUAGACAUGUUUCCGUGUCGUUACCUAUAUCACCUAUUACAAAGUUAGAGUCGAAAGACUCCAAGGCUAGAGCAAGCUCUAUUGUAGUAGAAAUGAUUGUAGGAGACGACGAUGAGAAAAAGGAAGGAUUGAGUCCUGUCCUAUACAUCUUGGAUGAGAAUUCGGCAGAAAUAAGUUAUAAAAAAGAUAGCGGUAAGAUAAAUCAAUCAAGAAGAGCUAGUCGAGUUCGGGAUGCGAGAGGCACAAGAGAGUUUAUCGAGAGUGUCCGUGAGAAGCUCAGGGAUUGUUCAAAAUUUGUGGGUCCAGGCUUCAUGGUAUCCGUGGCUUAUAUCGAUCCGGGGAACUAUGCAAUAGAUGUCAAGGCCGGUUCGACUUUUCGCUUCAAAUUACUUUGUGUAGGACUAAUGGCCAAUAUAUUUGCCAUAUUCUUCCAAGCCUUAUGUGUCAAGCUUGGGAGUGUGAGUGGCCUUAAUUUAGCCCAGGCUUGCCGAAUGUUUCUUCCCAAAUGGCUUAAUUAUUUUUUGUAUGCACUGGCUGAGGUUUCCAUAAUUGCUUCUGAUGUUACCGAAGUUGUUGGCUUCACCAUUGCGACCAAUCUUCUGGUGCCUAAAAUGCCCAUGAUAGUGGGAUGUUUUUUAUCUAUUCUUGACGUUCUCUUCGUUCGAGCCUUAUCAAGUCAGAGUCGUUCGAUGAAAGGUGUUCACUUUUGUGAAUUUAUCGUCAUGACUCUCGUUAUGGGUGUGGUUGGAUGCUUCUGUGUACAACUUUGCUUAUCCAAAGCCCCGACCAUCAAAGAGGUUCUCUGCGGCUAUCUUCCAUCUCGGGAUGUCUUUAGGUCCCAAGGAAUUUAUCAAGGAUGCGGCAUCAUUGGAGCUACGAUUAUGCCACAUAGCCUUUACUUAGGUUCUGAUUUAAUUCAACCACGUUUGCGCGAAUAUGAGAUCAAACAUGGUGUCGUCUCGGCGUCGAGUCCAGGUUUUGACGAAUCAGUACCAUACCAGCCCUCUCCUAGAACAAUCAAAUCAUUUGUCAAGUUGUGUACCUUCGAGCUAUCAAUAUCACUCUUUAUAUUUGCGUUUUGCAUAAACAGUGCCGUUUUAAUCACUGCUGGUGCAUCGCUCUACGGUAAACCAACCGAUGAUGCUAAUCUGUUUGGUAUUCACGCACUUCUUACGGGCGAGCUUUCAUCCGCUGCAGGUACAAUAUUUGCCCUUGCUUUGCUCAUUAGUGGUGGCAGUGCUGCAAUCAUCUGCACAGUUGCUGGUGAGAUAGUUUCGAAAGGUGCCAUCAAUUGGAAAAUGGAGCCUUGGGUGAGAAGGCUAUUAACAAGAAGUAUUAGUGUGGUGCCGACCCUCGUUAUUGCCGCUUCGGGCAACAAGGGUGCACUAGAUGAUGUUCUGAUGGCUUCUCAAGUUGUCCUUUGCAUGAUCUUACCUUUCACUACAGCGCCUCUCAUCUUUUUCACUUGCCUGGAUCGUUAUAUGACGGUGCGAUCGCGGAGAUCUAGUCAAGAAAUGGAUGGACGUAACGGGUCGGACCAUGAACCAUCACAAUGGAAUAAAAAGACUCGUGAAAAGUCUACGAUACCGGUAGAUCAAAUUAUGGGUAAUAACUGGCUAACAACCAUUAUUGCCGUAAUGAUCUGGCUAGUGAUUGUAACAAUGAACGUGGCAAACCUACUAGGAAAGGUCUUCUUUAGCAUGGGAAUCGAGCAUGGUGAUCCUUUAAUUAAUUGA